AGACCAGCCCAAAAUAAUUACGGAGUAUAACCCAAUCUCUAGAUUCCGGUUUACUACAAUUUCCAUUCCCCUUCUUCCUCCGCAUAAACCCUAAAAAGGUGCUCCGCCGUUGAGUUUGCAGAUCGCCAUUGUUAGGGUUUUGAAGCUUUCAUCACCAUGACUGUCAAGAGGAGGAAUGGAGGUCGAAACAAGCAUGGCCGUGGUCAUGUUAAUUUCAUUCGCUGCUCUAAUUGUGGCAAAUGCUGCCCUAAGGAUAAGGCAAUCAAGAGGUUCCUUGUGAGGAACAUUGUUGAGCAAGCUGCAGUUAGGGAUGUCCAGGAAGCUUGUGUCUAUGAUGGUUACAUUCUUCCUAAGCUCUACACCAAGAUGCAGUACUGCGUCUCCUGUGCCAUCCACUCCCAUGUUGUCAGAGUUCGCUCAACCGAGAAGAGAAGGAUUCGUGAGCCACCACAACGUUUCAGGCGCAGGGAUGAUGCGGCAAAGCCCGGUCAAGGUCAAGGUCAAGGUCAAGCUCCUCGCCCUGGUGCUCCCCCUGCUAGAACUUGAGAAUUUUUUGGCUAGUGAGUGAACAGCUGCCUCCAGGAAAAUUUGUUUUUAGUGCUUGAAACCUAUAAACUCUUCUACUUCUGUAGUUAUUUACUCCUGUUAGUAAAACAUGCUCAAUUAGUAUUGCCUUCUUUUUUUACUCUGUCGAAUUUUUUAUAAUUAGAAAUAUGAGCAAUACAGUUGUGUUCCUACAAGGCUAUAAACUCUUCUACUUCCAUAGUUAUUACCAUGGUUGGAUGAUUGUUGCUA